CCCCAAGUCUGUCAGUAUUUAAGAGGCAUUUGGGCUUUACCCCUAAUGCCAUACUUAAACUUUUGUUCAGCCCUGAAGUGGUCAGGCUGUUGGAUAAGGUGACUGCUGUCCCUUUCAACGGAAUACUCUAUUCUAUUCUGCACUAAUGAUGAGUCAAAUAACAAUAAGACUGUUAUUUGCCUGAAAUGCCAGGGAUUUUUUAAGCUUUGAAAACACUUUCAGAAACAUAUAACUCAAGAGGUAUACUGGAAGCAGGAUUUUAUUUUUCUGACUCUUUCAGAACAGAUGUUCAUAAGCAUUAUCAUGAUGUACAGAUGUAGCCAGGAGCAGGUUAAUGCAAUCCUCACUAUAGCUUGAAAAAACAUCACUUGAACUCUGGCAAAGAAAAGUCAGAGAGCUACAGAACAUUGCAAAUCCCCUACAUCAUGUAGAGAGCCAUCUGCUAUUGGGACUGUGUGGGGUAAACAGAUUCUUGUCUCUUGAGGCAAGGAGUUAAUGGCGCGGUUUGUAUCCAACACAGUUGCUAUGAACUCCACCUCUCCAGGCAAGUUUGCCCAUAGAGUUUCUUGGAAUAUUCUGAAUUAUGGGCUGACUCUCCCAGUGAGUGUCCUGCACCCAGGCUCUGCAGAAAAUAAACAUGCUGGUCUCUAAACAUCACUUCUUCACAGGAUGUGUUUGUUUUGACCACACAUCCUUCCUGAACCCUGCCAUAUAGAAUAGCCCAAACAAUGGAACUGCCUGGAGCCAAUAGGAGUGGUGCUAGUGGAACCCAGUCUCCUUCAAAUCAGAGGCAGACACUGGAUCAUAGCACAGAUGAUACAGCAGUCUUGAAAAUAUUUUACUGAUAUUGUAAAAACACCCUGAAAAUUAUCUAAAAUAAUAACCUUUACCAGAAACAGGAAAGUUGAUAACUGACUGAUGCACUAAGAGUCUUUCUAGGAAAAAAACUCUCAAAAGUUGUAAGAAUGUGAUUUCUCUCUUUACUUGAUAAGGAAUUUUUUCCUGACUGAAUUUUCAUUUUGGCUUUCAAAAAUGCAAACCCCAAACAUUCUCACACCUGAUUUUUUUUUUUUUCCCAGAUUCUAAAUUAUUUUGGUUUCAGAAAGAACAAUAAUCAUGUCAUCUAUCACUUCGGAUGCAAAAAUUCAAGUUAUGUGGCAGCAUAAAUUCAGGCCAAGCAGUUCUUGCUUCCUGAAGAGCAAGAAUAAAGAUCAGUAACAGUUACAUGCAAAAGAAUUGUGUGGUAUUUUCAAAAGUGUGACACAUCUCAAUGGCAAACACCCCUUUUCUGCCUUCCUAAACUUGUUCCACCACUUAGUUUCUUGCCCAGAGAUGCGUGAAAAGCAUUCCUGUGCUUGUAUGCCUACGUGGAGUGCUGAGAAGUGGCAGCUACUCAUGGGGCUGCAAGUCUGGAGUCCUUCCAAGCAAGAGCCCCUGGAGAAAUGGAGUCAAUGGAAGAUCAGAGCUCACUUCCCCCUGCAAACUCGUAAAGGUAAUUCUUCCUGUAUGGAUCAACCUUCUAGUGAUGGUGAAACUGGAAGAAGACUACUCUAAGCAAACACAGGAUGAAUCGGGUCCCAGCUGAUGCAGAAAAUGCUCACAGUAGCAGUGUGGAAUCUUGUUCCUCCUUGCGGGAUGUCCACUCCAUCAACCCAACGCAGCUGAUCGCAAGGAUUGAGUCAUAUGAAGGCAGGGAGAAGAAAGGCAUAUCAGAUGUCAGAAGGACUUUCUGUUUGUUUGUUACAUUCGAUCUCUUAUUCAUAACCUUACUGUGGAUAAUAGAAUUAAAUGUAAAAGGAGGCAUUGAGACUACCUUAGAGAAAGAAGUCCUACAUUAUGACUACUCUUCUUCAUAUUUUGAUAUAUUUCUACUGGCAGUCUUUCGGUUUAAGGUGUUAAUACUUGCAUAUGCAAUGUGCAGACUACGCCAUUGGUGGGCAAUAGCUUUUACAACAGCAGUGACCAGUGCCUUUUUAUUAGCAAAAGUAAUUAUUUCACAGCUGUUCUCACAGGGUGCUUUUGGCUAUGUGCUGCCCAUCAUAUCCUUCAUACUUGCCUGGAUUGAAACUUGGUUCUUGGACUUUAAAGUGUUACCACAAGAAGCUGAAGAAGAAAAUAGAUUUUUGAUAGCACAGGAUGCUUCAGAACGAGCAACUCUUCUUCACCCAGGAGUCCUCUCUGAUGGGCAGUUCUAUUCUCCUCCUGAGUCUGUAGCAGGUUCUGAUGAAGACUCUGAAGAAAAACAAGACAGUGAAAAACCGAUUGUAUAGCAAAUAAGAAAAACCAG